AUGGAAGCUCGCAUUGAAGCAUUGGAGCUAUCAGUUGCACAUCUUCAAAACAAUAUAAAUAGCGAAACCAUAAAGCAGGCUGUUUUAGAAACUAUAAAAUCAGAAAUCGAUGACUUGCUUGCAGGAACUCUUACUGUUAGUUGCAUCAAAGGGGAGCUAGAAAGGCGAAAUAAACGAGAAAAGCUUGACAUUGAGGAAAUCAUGAAAGGAAAUAAAUCAACUCAGCUAGGAAUUCAAAAACUUUCUGAAAAGCUCAUAAGCUUUAAUGACGAUUUAAAAGAUUUAAAAAUAGAAGUCAAUGAUAUUUCUCAUGAACUCAAACACAAAGCUCUGGAUAUUGAUCUACAAAGAAUUGAGAGCUCAAUACAGUCACUAUGUCCAAUGUCCUAUGCUUAUUUAUUGGAUGCUGAAAUCAGGACAUUGGCAAAGCAAGAAGAAUUAAAUUUGACACUGCAAGCUUUGAACGACCUUAAAAAAACUGUCGAAUUUGAUUGUUUUAGCAAGGCAGGUGCUAAUGAAGAAUUUUUGAGAAUAGAAAAAGCAUUCGAGAUUGAAUUUUCUCAAUAUGCGACUGUAAAAAAUUUGAAUGAAGCUUUUGGAAGCUUGAAAAAUGGGUAUGAAGAAGUGGCCAGAUUAAAUAAAGAAACCAAAGAAAUGCUUAUAAAGAAGAAAAAUGUUUACUUAGACCCUACCCUAACUUAAUUUUGAAAUGUUUUAGCUUCGUUGUUCGCCAUCUUGCUUUGCUAGCUAACAAAUAUUUUAAUUUCAUAUUUUUUUUUCGGAAAAAUCGUGCUGAGAAAAAUUGCUAGAAGUGCUGGAGCGGAGCAAGCACUGUUUUUGCACAUCAUUCUCAAAUGCCUACAAUAUGUGAAGUGCUCAGUUUAAUCACACUGCUGUAAGUUCUGGGAGAAGUCAAAAACCUUGAAAAAAAAUGCCCUAUUUUUUCGGAAAAAUCGUGCUGAGGAAAAUUGCUAGAAGUGCUGGAGCGGAGCAAACACUGUUUUUGCACAUCACUCUAAGGUGGCUGCAAUAUUUAGGGAAAUUAUAAGUGAGAGAGAGUGCUUUAUUUUGCGCUCUCUGGACUUGAGCACAAAUUUAUAAUUUUGAGAUAGCAGUUUUCAUCGGGCAGCAGCCCUUCCUACAGAGGCAACCUUCCUCACGGCGGAAGCAACCCUCCUGCGGCUGAGGCAAUCCUCCCCGCGGCGAAAGCAACCCUCCUCUCGGCGGAAGGAACCCUCCCCUCGGCGGAAGGAACCCUCCCCUCGGCGGAAGCUACCCUCCCCGCGGCGGAAGCAACCCUCCCCGCGGCGGAACUAACUCUCCCCCGGCGGAAGCAGCCCUCCCCACGGCGACUUUUAGGCUGGCCGCCACAUAGGGGGAUCAGCUGACCCUUUAGCAGCCGGAAGACUCAAUGACCAUCGCUGUCGUGCGUCAGGAUGCUUAUAAAGGAAACUGAGCAUUUAAGAGAAGUAAUAAAUUACAAUAAAAAAGAUACACAAGAAAAAAUUACGAAGUUAAAUGUAGAGAUAGUUCGUGAGCUAGAUAACAAAAGCAGCAGAAGCGAGCUGAAAAGUUUUGAAAUAGAAAUCACACAAAACAUCCAAAGUUUCAGAGAAGAAAUCAAAGGGUUUGCAAGGAGUUUAAAAGCAUAUGAAGCGGAAUUAAGACGAUUUGAUGAAGUUUUAUUGCAGAAAGCCUCAAAAGUCGGCUAUAUUUUAUUCGAUCGACGUUUUGAUAGUGUGACAUUUCAGGGAAUUUGUCACAGUACGACAUUUGUUUUAAAUUUUGACCAAACGUCUUAUGAGUAAAAAAUCGACCAAAAUUUUCUGAGGAAAUAGCCAUACUAUAAAAAAUGUUCUAACCAAAAAGCAUGCUUACAAAAGUCGACAUAAAAGACUUAUUAAAAAAAGUGAGUUUUUUAUCUCAGUAUCCAAAUGUUGAAUUAACAUUAAAUGACUUAACCCAGAACGUCGAAAUACUUUUCCAGCACAAAGAAAGUCUAUUAAUUACGAUCCAUCAACUUGAAGAAGAGCUUGAAAAUCUUAAAAAAGGCAUAGAAAAAAAAAUCAGUAAUAAUCAUGAAAUGAAGCUAUUUAAACAAGCUCUAUAUGACCUCCAAUUUACUCUGACAGAUAAAGCUGACACAAUAGAUGUUCUAAAAUACUUGGAUGAGAAGGCAACAAUAGCUGAUCUAAACAAUUCAAAUGCUUCUAUUGAUGCCCUACACAAGCAGUUAAAGCUAAUUGCUGUCCAUUUAACAGCGCUGCAAAGGAUACUAUCAGACCCCUACAAGCUCAAAGGACCAGAAAGAUCAAAAAAAGAAUAUUUCUAUAAAAUGACGCAGAGAUUAGUAGACUAUAUUGUAGCCUCAAAAGUUAUAACUAAUAACAGCGCUCCCAUCCCAGAAGAUCUCAAAGCUUUUUUUAAGCUUAAUGAGAGUAUCAAGUUAAGCGAGAGCGUAAAGGUAAACGACAGCAUUAAGCUCAACGAAACUGUGAGGCCGCCCGAACCAACUCAAACAGCCCCAACUCCAAAGCGAAAGUUCAGCUUCCACAGAAGAUUCAGCUCAUUAGAUACAUUUUAG